UUGUCAAGAGAUGCGAAACCCAUCUCCACCUUCCAGUUUACUACACGUGGACGUCCUCGAUCGCAAAUUUCCCUCCAUUACAAUAAUGUCGGUUACGUCGUUUCUCUAUCAGACACUCCAUAUGUAAAUGGCCUUUCUCUCUUGUUUCAUUUUCACGACCAGAAAUAAAUCAGAAACACACACACAGAUAACACACACAAACCUCUAAAGUUGCUGUAGCGUUUCAGAAAUUUUGGUUGAUAGAGCUACAAGUUACACAUAUGGUGUCUGUAUACCCAACACCACCAGCGGGUCAAGAUUUCUACUACAUAGGGGAUCCGACGAAAAUGGGUCUUCCGGGUUUGCAUCCGAUACAAUCUGGUUCUAAUGGAGCAGGUACACUUGGGAAUUUAAAUUCGAGUACGGGUUCAGUUGUACCCGAUGACCAUAACAAGAAGACCCGGAAGCCCUAUACAAUUACCAAGUCUAGAGAGAGCUGGACUGAGCAGGAACAUGACAAGUUUCUUGAAGCUCUUCAGCUCUUCGAUCGUGAUUGGAAAAAGAUUGAAGCAUUUGUUGGGUCGAAGACUGUUAUCCAGUUUUAUCUUCAUUUAGUUCGUGCCAAUAAAAGGAUAUGUUGCAGUACCAAGACAGAGAUUACAGAGAUUACCGCUUCUUUCUUUGCAGUUAUUUUUCUGUGCAGAAUAUUUUAUCAAUUCAAUAUAUUUGAUUUGUUCUCCUUUCCUUUUUCAAUUGCAGUUAUGCCAGACUUUGCACAAGUUUACAGGUUCAUUGGCAGUGUCUUUGAUCCAAGUACGAGGGACCACUUACAGAGGCUAAAAAAGAUGGACCCCAUAGAUGUUCAGACGGCACUGAUGUUGAUGAAGAAUCUGUCCUUCAAUUUAUUGAGCCCUGAAUUUGAGGAUCACAGGAGGUUGCUCUCAUCGUAUGGCUUGGGCGCUGAAAAAGAUAAAAUGGACCAUCCUAUAAAAACUGAUUUUAGAGAGAAUGCAAUCCGAGCUGUCUAGGAAUCUGGAGGAAGUUUUAGAAGAUGCGUGGUCAUUGCAUAUACCUGGUGGAGACAGAAGAGAGGGCAGCGUGAUGCAAACACGUGCAGCUUGUGUAUCUAGUCUGUUUAUAUGGUUCAAACUUGCAAGUUGUUCGCAGUGUUUCCAGCUCCAUUCUGUAUAUACUUUUAGGGAAAGACAAUGCGGGAGUAGAGAUACACUUUGAGGGCUUGUAUGUACUUGUGGAGAGUAGUAUAUGUUUGUGCUGUAUUAUAGGUAGAUGGCGUAGGGCUUGUGUUGUAUAUUGUUGAGGGGUGUGCCUUCAUGGGUUUUGUCCUAAAAAUGUGUAAUAGGUUAGACACGUUUGUAGCAGUGUGUUUAGCAUACUGUUUGGCAAUGUUGAGAAGAACGGAAAUCGAAACUGUGGUUUUGAAGAAAUAGAUCAGUCACCUAAAUGAUAAAAACUGUGUAAGGCGGAAAGAAAGCAAGGAGCAUAAAUAGUGUUAAAGGUGGA